UGGACUUGAACACGAGUGGCUGCCUGCGAUCAUUGGUCAAGGUCGUUCAAAUCGAUGUGUGAUUGAUUAGUCAGGUCUAGAGUAAAUUCCUGAUUUUUACUGCCAACUAAACAGUGGACGGAUACCCAACAUUGUGGCCGUGUUUGGGGCAAUCGUAAAAAAGGCUAGUGAGUGAAAAGCAAAAAUUAAAGCGAACUGUAGAUAAACAACUGGCAAGCAACAUGUUGUCGCAUUUGUUAAAAGAUGCCAGCGUGAUCGUCAGCACCGGCAACGUACUGAAUGUGAGCGAAUUGCGCAAGAAGGCCGGCCAGAAACCAACUGAUGAGCUGACGGACUGUCUGCGUUCGACGUUCGGAGAAGCGGAAGUGGCCGAUCUGCUGCCAAACCGUCGUCUAAUCACACGCCGUAAUAACGAUCUUCUCGAGAAGGUGCGUGAACAUCCCCGAGCGGACAUCAAAAUUGGGGCGAAGAUUUUCCUGAAUCGCUUUUCCGAGCCGGCACUAACGGAGGCGGUUGAUAAGCUGUUCGAGACGCUGAACGUGUCGUAUCUGGAUAAUCUUAUCCUCGCGUACCAUCCGGCGGGAACGGCUGAGACGAACGGAGCGGAAGCGAACGGUGAGGAAGAGGAUGAUCAGGGUGCGGAGGUGAAGGAGGGCGUCAUCGAGUGGGCCGUCGGAAGUGACAAUGCCGUGGGCAAUCUGAAGAAACUGUGGGCGAUCCUGGAGCGAUUCUCGACUGAUGGGAAAAUCGGCCAGCUUGGCAUUGCUGAUUUGGACGCCAAUUCGUUGAAGGAGCUGUACGAUGGUUCGACCGUACAUCCGUCGAUAGCGCAGAUCAAUCUGGCCGCGUGCUGUGUCGUGCCACCUCAGCUGCAAGCGUACUGCAAUCAGAAUGAAAUUCAGCUUCUAACACACAGCGACCCACAAGAACUCCUACCGCGAGACGUCCUAAACGAGCUGGAAUUGGGCAGUUAUGGUGCAGGAUGGACGUCCCGUUACCAGGUGCACAUUAAAUGUCGCGGUGUCUUGGCGGCCAAAGGAUUUAUCGUCAGUCUCGAGCGAUCGAAUUGAGCGAUCGUGCCGCGAUUGCCGCAACCGAUUUCCAUUCCGCGGUACCCCAGCCGUAGCACGGCACCGAUCGACGACACUGCGGGACAGUUAACUCUUUCAUCGAGAUGCACACCACCGGCAAAGGCACCAACCCGGCCAGGUACCGCUACCGCUGACAGCAUUUCGGCCGCGUAUGACGAGUCAUUUCCCGUCGAAGGAUCAUCCUAUAUUGAUGAUCGCGGACGUUUCACGUUGGCAUUCAGGGCGAGAGAGAGGGGGAGAUGAGGAAAGAAGACGAGAGAUGGAUGGAGAGAGAGAGAGAAAGAGAGUGUGUAUCCUGCUGGGGGUUUUCACAGAUGUUAGCCGUUUUCUACAAACUUAACAAAGCAACAAAUGCACUUAACAACAUUCGAUGUUAACAGUAGUGUAAGCGAGAGAUCAUUGGGUAGAUCCUGCAAAAACGAGAGAGAGAGAGAGAUCGAAAGAAUGGGAGGCUUGGGGGUGAUGGAGCUCCCGAUUCGAUAGGGUGAGAUUUAGUUGUGUAGUAGAAUAAAAAAAAGACAUGAACGCUUGACCUUAGGCACCAGGUAGGAGGUAGAACGCUAGCGCGCCUUUUCUUUCCGCAGGAUCGAGGCCUUUUUCCCAGGGAUGCGAGGAUCGCGAGUAUCGUAUUGAGCGCACCACUCGAGAAUGUUUCCGUAGUUUUGUAUCGCUUUUACGACUAUUGAUUAUUUCUAUUACUGUUAGAGAAUGGUGACUGCGGCUGCCCAGCUGCGGAAAAUGGAUGUUUGAAACAUCAACACGGUGGUGUUAUGUUAUUGCUUUC